AUGGCCCCGGGUCAGCACCCUAAUGCGGCGCAUCUUACAGCACCUCCUCCGGGUGCCGGUAUGGUUCAGCAACUGCACCCUGGCGUUUCGGUAACAGGAGCCCCUCCUGGUAGCCAGGCCACUCCAAUGGCCGCCGCAAUGCCACAAGUUAUUGGAACGUCUGGCCCUGGUGGCCCUGGCCCGAGUGCACAUGCACUAUCUCAUUUGGGUCCUACUCACUCCCACCAAAUGUUUCAGCACCCUCAGCUAGCGCAAAACUAUGCGAAUAAUCCUCAGCUUUUACAGCAACAUCAGCUACAGCAGCAGCAAUUUCUUCGCCAGCGACAGCAAAUCAUUGUUCAACAACAGCAAGCACAGCAGCAGCAGCAGACACAACAACAACAACAACAUGGAGGUAUUCCUGCUUCAUUGCCUAAUGGGACGCCAGCUGUCAGUGCUGCCCACCUUGCUGCUGUCCAGGCUGGAAAUCCCAAUAUGCGACCAGUAAAUAUACCCCCUCAUAUUCAACAGCAACUCCAAAACCAAGGCCAGCAUCCACAAUCACAAGCAUUGCAGCAACAGCAGCAGCAACAGCAGCAACAACAGCAGCAGCAGCAGCAACAACAAGCCCAACAACAAGCACAGCAGCAGGCACAGCAACAGCAGCAACAGCAACAGCAACAGCAGCAACAACAACAACACCUCUUUGCUAUGCACAUGGCAGCUCAGCAAGCGCAGCAAAAUCAACAACAACAACCGCAACAGCAAAGGCCCGGGGCUCAAACCCAGCCAAUACCUGAUGGUCAAGGGACUACUCCUCACCCACAAUCUACGCCCACAACCCAAGCUAGCAGUAUUGCGGCAACACAACCGCAACAGACCCAACCCCAACUCCCAGCUACAUCUCAACCACCCCAACAAACCGCUCAGGCACAACCUCAGCAAGGCCAGCCCCAGCAGACCCCGUCAACAACCCAGCCACCGCAACAACCACAGAUGACUGCUCAAGAGGCACAGUUAAGGGCUCAGCAACAGGGUGCCAGUUCAGUGAUGAUGCCAUCGCGAAUGCCGAAACGGUCAUUUAUGUUUCGUCUCCUUUCAUUUGCGGAACAGCUUAGUGCCUAUUCAAAUCGGAACCCCGCCCAGGGAUUUGCAUUUUGGCAGUCUUUCGUUGAACAAUUUUACUCUCCAGUCGGAGUGCUUCGUCAAGGUGUUUGGAACGCACAGCGUGGGUCAAAACAAUUCGAAAUAUCAACGCCGGCGCUUGCUCGUUACUACUGGACGCAAUUUAAUAGUGGCAUCCGGCAAAUUCAAAUGAUUGUUGAAGCUGCGGUGGAGAAGGACCUUCCAACGGGGGGACAAGUUCUGGAGAGCCCAAGAACCUUUUUCUUGUAUUGGUUCGAUAAUGGCUGCCAACUCGUUUCUCGCGGCGCCAUAAAGGCGUAUUUCAAUCCAAACGGACAGAUUGAUGUCCUCGACAUCGGAACCAAUGGGCACACAGAAUAUAUUCCUCGAAACCUCUUACAAAAUCCCGAGUCCCCUGACCAAAAGCAAAGCCCCAAAGUUAACAAAGCAUUUACUAAACGAAUGCAGCAAAAACAAUCUAUAACUCCAAAUGUAUCCCUGCCAGACUCAGUAGUGACUGAUGAUGGCGUCCCUGUUGCGGUAAUGCGCUUCUUAGAGGUUGCCGAAAUAAUUUCUCAAAUGCAGCACCUCUUUCAAUUUUCGCUACAAAAUCCACAUCUUUCUCCUCCCGAAGCCCUCCGACAGUUGGUCGCGAGUUAUCCUCACCAACAAAAUGCGGUCCAAAUGAAUUAUAGCCAGAGCCAUCAGCAACAAGGCCAUAUUCAACGUACUCCUAGCCUGAAUGGGCCCAACCAAUUCGCCUCACCAGCCAUGGCCCAUUUGGGCAUACCUGGAGUGCAAGGAUCGCCUCAUUUUGGAGGACCGGCUCAUACCCCAAGCCCUGCACAAAACCCCAUGGUUGGCCCGGUUGCCAUGGCUGCGCAACAAAGUCAGCAAGGCACGAACACUAGUGUAAGUCAGGGAACAAGCGCGAAUACCAGCCCGAAUGUCAGCAAUAAACGACGCCGGGCAAGCACUAUCAAAAUGGAGGCCGACGAAAACAGUGCCACAGAAAUCAAUGGCACUGGGCCCAGUAACGCAGCCAAGGUGAAAGCCAGCCCGAGAGUUGGAGGUAAACGACAAAAGGGCGUGAGCCAAUGA